UGCAUGCGGGCUCAGAGCCCAGCGUGCGGGCCUGCGAACGAAGGCGAGCGCAAAGCUGGCGCCUGAGACGUGCGCUGCGUUUAUUUAAGACAGCCCAACCUGGACGGAUACCCCCGCUCCUUCCCCCGAAAAGAGCUGCCAGUUACUCAUGUCCUGAUAAAAGUAUCAUGGCCGGCAGCACACAGAAAAAGACAGGGGACGGUGCUAUAUGGAUGACUACUAUCACAAAAGCAUUGAUUCUGCUACCCCAGGAUUUUGGUAUCCUGUCCUCGUUUUGUUUGGAAAGAGGAUCUGAUGCUAUAAAAACAAACAAAAACGGAACGCCUGAACAGCUUCUCGCUCAGUCGGUAGAGCAGGCGCCUCUUCAUCUCAGGGUCGUGGAUGCGAGCCCGAUGCUGGGCACAGAUUCCUGCAUUGCAGUGGGUCGGAUUAGAUGGCCCCUGGGGGUCCCUUCCAACUCUCUAAUUCUAUGAUUCAUUACAAAGCGAGGCGUGUGUGUGAGAGAGAAUCGAAGAACCUCCCCACCCUCGGACCCAUCCUUUCUCCCCAAGGGAGCCCUCUUCCUCCCCAACCCCAGCCUGCGCAACCCGCGCGCAACGAUGCGAGCUGCGUUCCAGUGAGAAGCGGCUCUGAAGAUGCGCAGUCCCCGGUCCACGGGAGCUCGCGCCGUAAUAAAAGCAUUGCGCUUUUUAAGAUGCCCCCGGAGCGAAGGCUAGUGAGGGUUUGGGGUUUUUUCCCCCCUUGGUGCAACGGAUUAGCAGGGCGAGGAGGAACCGCCUGGCAAGGCCCACCCUUCCCUUCCUCAGGCGCCGCCCCUGGACGCUGCUGCAGUCGCGUUAGCAACCAGGGCCGCUGCUUCCGGCAGCCAUGGAUCCUUCCUUGCUGCAGACACUCAUUAAUUACUAUUGCCAAGAAGGCUACUUUCGUCAUGUUCAGACACUUGCCAGCGAAGGCCUCAAGUUGUUUGGCAAUGACCCAGGCUUCGUUUUUUACCGCAUUUACGGCAGGCUGAUGGAAGGGCACGUUCAAGAGGCUCUUCUCGAUCUCGAACCUCUUAAAAACAAGCAGGACGUAUCCCUUUGCACAAUGAUGGCACUGAUCUAUGCCCAUAAAAAAAGCCCAAAUCCAGAUCGAGAGGCCAUUGUGGAGCUGGAUUCCAAGCUGAAGGAGCAGCGCAAAGUAGCAGGGCAGCAGGCGUUGUAUUCUGCAGCUUUGUUCUUGUGGCACAUUGGGCGCCACGAGAAAGCCCGCGAGUACGUUGACAGAAUGAUCAAGAUCUCGAAUGGCAGCACAGAGGGAUUGAUUUUGAAAGGGUGGCUUGAUGUCACCUCUGGAAAAGAAGCAAGUAUUAAAAAAGCUGUGAAAUAUUUUGAUGAAGGGCUGCAAAAUGGAAAUGAUACCUUUGGCCUGAUGGGUAAAGCACAAUAUUUUGAAAUGCGCCAGAAUUACUCGGGAGCUUUGGAGAUGGUGAAUCAAAUAAUAGCCCAUGCGCCACAAUUCCUUCCUUCUUUUAUAAAGAAAAUGAAGCUGCAGCUGGCUCUUCAAGAAUGGGAACAGGCAACCGAGACUGCACAGAGGUUGCUGCAGAAGGAUGCUCUUAAUUUGGACGCUAUAAAAAUGGAGGCCAUUCAUUAUUUGUGUAGGGAAGGAAAUAUACCUGAGGCUUCCUCCAAGUUGGAAGAUUUGAUUAGUGCGUUGGAUAAGUUGGAGCCGCAUAACCCCCAGCUCUUCUGCAAAACGGCGUUGGUGUUCAGCAGAACCUGUGGCCGCAACCCACUGAUCCUUCGGCAGACUCAAACUUUGGUGGAACGAGCUUUCAACUUAGACCCACACAGUGCAGAUAUCGCUACAGAACUUGGCUACCAGAUGAUUUUGCAGGGGAAAAUGAAGGAGGCCUUAAAAUGGUACAAGACUGCCAUGGCUCUCGACGAAACAAGCGUUCCCGCACUAACUGGAAUUAUCCGGAGCCAGCUAAUGGAAGGGAAGCUAGACGAUGUAGAGCAGCAGUUGGAGUUCCUGAACGAAAUCCAACAGUCUAUCGGGAAAUCAGCAGAAUUAUCUUACUUGCGUGCAGUGUUGGCUAUGAAGAAAAACAAAAGACAAGAGGAAGUUAUUACUUUAUUGAACGAUGUGCUUGAUACUCAUUUUUCCUCGUUGCAAGGCUUACCUCUUGGUGUAGAAUAUUUUGAAAAAUUAAAUCCUGACUUUUUGAUAGAGAUUAUUAAGGAGUAUCUUAGCUUUUGCCCAACGCAGCCUGCAGGUCGAGGACAACCUCCUUCCCCGCUUCUCAAGCCUUGUGCAUCCGUCCUUGAAACUGUGGUUAAAACUGUUCCUGGUCUCCUGCAGGCCGCCUAUUUAGUUGCAAAGGUGAAAUAUUUGGCAGGUAACACUGAAGCAUCCCAGAGCAUCUUGCAGCACUGCAUAGAACAGAAUCCAUCCCACGCAGAUGCCCAUCUCCUUAUGGCUCAAGUGCAUUUGCUGCAAAACAACUUCAAACUCUGUUCUCAGUCUCUGGAACUCUGCCUAAGCUAUAACUUUGAGGUCAGAGAGCAUCCUGUGUACCACUUAAUAAAAGCUCGAGCCCAACUAAAGAUGGGGGAAAUAUCAGAAGCCGUUAAAACCCUGCAGAUGGCAAUGAACUUGCCUGGAAUGAGAGCAGCUGCACCUUCCUCAAAAUCAAAAACAAAGAGGAUUGAAAUCGAUGGGAGCGAUCGUGUGUCCGUUUAUCUGGAACUAGUAGAUGCUCAUCGGUUGAAUGGCGAACAGCAUGAAGCCAUUAAAGUCCUCCAAGAUGCUAUCAACGAAUUUUCCGGCACCCCUGAAGAGCUGAGAGUUAUGGUUGCUAAUGCAGACCUAGCCCUUGCGCAAGGCGACGUGGAAGCGGCUUUGACGAUGCUCAGGAAUGUAACCCCAGAGCAGGCUUACUUUGUUCAAGUCAAAGAGAAAAUGGCGGAGAUCUAUCUGGAGCACAGGAAGGAUAGGAAGCUAUAUGCAAGCUGUUACAGAGACCUGGUGGAUAAACUUCCAAGUUCUCACACUUUUCUUCUCCUUGGUGAUGCAUAUAUGAAUAUCCAGGAGCCUGAAGAAGCCAUUGUGAUAUAUGAACAGGCUUUGAAGUUGAAUCUAAAGGAUGGAGCAUUGGCUCGCAAAAUUGGGAAUGCCUUGAUCAAGACUCAUAAGUAUACAAAGGCAAUCAAUUAUUAUGAAGCUGCUCUGAAAACUGGGCAGCAGAAUUUCCUUUCUUACGACCUGGCAGAGCUAUUGCUGAAACUGAACCAGUAUGAAAAAGCAGUAAAAGUCCUUCGGCAAGUUUUGAAUCAUGAGUCUGUAAAUGAUUUGUCCUCUCUGAUGGAAGAUACGCGUUACCAGGUUCUUCUGGCAAAGGUAUACAGCAAAAUGGACAGGACAGACGAUGCUGUUGUUUCGUUACAACAGGCUCAGGAAUUGCAGGCCAGAGUAUUGAAGCGGAUUCAGAUAGAGCAGCUGGACGCGGUUCCUGUACAGAAGCAACUAGCAGCUGAAAUUUGUGCAGAGAUAGCAAAGCAUUCAGCGGCCCAGCGGAACUAUGAGAAAGCAAUUAAAUUCUACAAAGAAGCUCUUGUUCAUUGUGAAACGGACAACAAGGUGAUGCUAGAACUGGCCCGUUUGUACCUUGCACACGAUGAUGUGGAUGCAUGCCAGCGCCAGUGUGCUCUGUUGCUGAAGAGCGAUCCAGAUAAUGCGCCAGCUGCCAUGAUGAUGGCUGACCUCAUGUUCAGGAAACAAGACUACGAACAAGCGGUGUUUCAUUUCCAGCAGCUUUUGGAACGCAGCCCAGAUAAUUAUGCAACGCUAUCACGUUUAAUUGACCUGUUAAGAAGAGCUGGAAAGCUAGAAGAAGUUCCAAGAUUUAUUGCCAUGGCUGAGAAACAUUCCCCCAGGACAAAACUCGAGCCAGGUUUUCACUAUUGCAAAGGAUUGUAUCUCUGGUACACUGGCGAACCAAAUGAUGCACUUCGACAUUUUAACAAAGCGAGGAAAGACAAUGACUGGGGACAAAACGCUGUUUAUAAUAUGAUUGAAAUCUGCUUGAACCCUGACAAUGAAACAGUGGGAGGUGAAGUGUUUGAACACCUGGACGGUGACGCAGAUAGCUCAACGGAGAAGCAAGAGUCUGUGCAGCUGGCUGUGAGAACAGCAGAGAAGCUCUUAAAAGAACUGAAGCCCCAGACAGCUCAAGGCCACGUGCAGCUCCGCAUCAUGGAAAAUUACUGCCUUGUGGCAACCAAACAAAAAUCAAAUGUUGAGCGAGCGCUAAACGCCUUUACAGAAAUUGUGGUUGAUGAGAAAGAUCACAUCCCAGCACUUUUGGGAAUGGCCACGGCUUACAUGAUCUUAAAACAAACCCAACGAGCCAGAAACCAGUUGAAGCGCAUUUCAAAGAUGAACUGGAAUCCUGUUGAUGCAGAAGAGUUUGAAAAAAGUUGGCUUCUCCUCGCUGACAUUUUCAUUCAGUCUUCAAAAUACGAUAUGGCUAGUGACCUGUUAAAACGGUGCCUUCGUCAUAACAGGUCUUGUUGCAAAGCUUAUGAAUAUAUGGGAUACAUAAUGGAGAAAGAACAAGCAUAUAAGGAUGCAGCUGCAAACUAUGAGAUGGCCUGGAAAUAUGGAAACCAAACAAAUCCAACAAUUGGUUUCAAGUUGGCAUUUAAUUACCUGAAAGCCAAGAGGUACAUUGAUGCAAUCAAUGUUUGUCAUAAGGUUUUAGAACAACAUCCAAACUACCCGAAGAUCAGAAAGGAAAUACUUGAUAAGGCACGCGUAGCAUUAAGAACUUGAGCAAUAUUGUACGUAUUUAUCUUAAAUGGCGGGUGGGACAGGACAGGACAAGCAGAGAAAGGCCUGUAAUCUGUGUAUUUUGUGAUACUGCAUGCUCAGUUAGUUCCCAUUGAAAAAAAGUGGAGUGUACUUUUAGAUUUAUCUGUCUUCUGGAAGAGGCAGUUUUAGCACAUAGGGAGUUCAGCAAAUUUAAAAGAUAAUCAGUGUCUGUUACUACCCACCUGUAGGUAUUGGCUGCAGUCCAAAUAAAUCACUUUGGUGUAAGGGAACAACAGCCCCAGCUGGAACGUCCUUUGAAGGUUGCUGUGUGGCAGAGAGAGUUCCCAGCUGCACCCUCCUUCACUGGCCUUCAAACAUCACCCUCGUAAAGGUGAUUUAUUUGGAGCACGGCCACGCUUUUGAAAUGGUGUAUAAUCGGGGUCCUCAGAGGCGGGGGGAGACCGCAAGAAUGCUUUGUGUCUCACAGUUCUAACUGUUUUAUUUUUGCAACAAAAUAAAAAAAUCCUUCCAGUAGCACCUUAGAGACCAACUAAGUUUGUUACUGGUAUGAGCUUUCGUGUGCAUGCACACUUCUUCGUUUUCCCAGCUGGAAUCCCAGAUCAAGCAGACCAAGACUAAAAAAAAAAAUCCCUUCCCCUACCCCAGUUUAUUUUAUCAAUGACUAAUUUAUUUUGCUAUUGUAUGCUACAUAAAUCAUUACGUAAUUGCGCAAGGUACCAGUAGCUCCCUAAGGAUAUAUUUACUGAUUACAUACGUAACUUGCCAUUCUUUCGAGAUGUUCAGCCUCAACCAUUCGGCAAGGUGGGUUAAGCUGAAACAAUGUCCCUUCCCCUAAGGCUAUCUUGCUGAACGGGAGGGAUUUGAAUUUCAUUCUACCACGUUUAUUUUUUAGCUAACGUUAUUUGCACGCUACUCUGCAAUUAUUAUGAUUUUAUAAUUCAUAAAAAUGAUUUUAAAAUACAAUAUAAAAGAAUUGAAAAUACAAUUACAACAAAGCACCUCUUGGCAGAUAAAGCAAUAAAAUCAGGGACAGACCAAUUACAAAACUUUAGCAAACCAGGGUUCUCACAGUUUGAAACGCUUUGAUUAAAGAUCUAGUUGUCCUCCAUGCUUAGAGCGCCAAAGUAUUAUUAUUACUAGAACUUCUAGUAGAAACGACAACGUACUUAACUUCAUUUGUAUAAUUCAUUAUUUGGAUUAUUGUGUAAAACUGUCUUUCAUCAAGUGAUUAUUGUCUAUGUAGCCUCAAAGAAAUCCCAUGGCUUUUUCUGAGAGGCUUGUUUCAGUGCCUACAAUAUAACAUGCAGGUCACCUUUUUUAAACACUAUAUUUACAUAUGCUUUACCUGGCUUAGUUUGUUGCAAGUUCAAUGCUUCUGUGUGUUUUUUUUCAGUUUUACUUGUUUUUGUCAUAUGAUUUGCAUUUUGUUUAUGAAUUUUGGUAUUUUUCAUGUCAACUGUACUGGAUUACUACCGUAAUUUGAAAAUAAUGUAUACAUAAAAUGA